GUGAUUCAUUUUAUUCAUUGGAUUAUCAGUUUGAUUUGAACAAGAAAAGACUCAAUUUCCUAAUGAUUUCUUAAUAUGUUUGCUUUAUUGCGAUACCUAAAAGGUUUGAAAGCUUCCCUGUCAAGAUUAAAAGAUUAUCAAACGCGUUUUACUCUCGUUAUUGUAUUCCUUUUGGUUUACAAUUUAAACUGGUUUGAUACUGCAUUCAAGGAAGUAUUCAUCUACAGUCGAACUGGGCGUUGGUGUCCUCGGUGUUCACCGAAAGCAUUCAUCGACCGUGACCUCAUCAACUUAACAGAUCAAUAUAUCAUCAACAAACCGCAUCUUUGUGAAGAUUCUAUGCCUUUGGCAUUUAUCAUGGUAACUUCAAGUGUAGGAUCAAAAAGCCGCCGAGAUCAAAUACGAGCGACAUGGAUGAAAGAAGCUACAGCAGCAGGAAUGAAAGUCUUGUUCUCAUUGGGAUCUUUAGCGAUUCAUGGUGAUAGCAAAGAAAUUUCAAUGGAGAAUGAGAUGCAUCAAGAUAUUGUUCAAUUGAGUUUUGUCGAUGAUUGGAGGAACUUGACUCUAAAGACAAUCGCUAGUCUUUCAUGGUUCAAAAACUAUUGUAGUCACGCCAAGUACUAUAUUAAAGUGGACGAUGAUGCUGUGAUAAACGUCGCCAAUUUGGUUACUAACUUAGCUACUUAUACAAAUUCAAAUGCCAUUAUUGGACAUCUACUUAAAUCGAAUGUUCCUUGUUUUGUUUGGUGGAAACAGCGACAUUGUAUGCCUUCUGAUCAGCACUUCAAAUUGGAUUAUCUCGACCGUUAUCCUCCUUACCCUGCUGGUCCCAUGUACGUUAUCACUCAAGCUGCUGUGAUGCUUUUAGUCGACCAUGUUAAAGUGACCUCACAAAAAGAUCUGUAUUUUUUAGAAGAUGUGUACAUAACUUUGCUGGCCCGCGAAAUCGGCAUCGAUGUAAUUGAUGAUCCACAAUUUUUAUUCUGCUCUCAACUUAAUGAGCGAAAUUUCGAAGAAAAGAUUGCAAAUGCUAUCGUCAUCUAUGAUUGCUCGGCUAAACAGCUCAAUACUAUCUGGUCCUUAAUUCAACGUGAUUGACAUUCAAGGGAAAAAAGCUGAAAUUGACAGCAAGAAAGUUUGAAAACACUAUAAAUUGCCGUAAAUUGUGGUUGGAUCUUGAGCAUUUCUUAGGACUUUCUCACAUCUUUUUAAAAACUAUUUUUAUUAUACCAAGAAAGAUCUACCGAAUAAAAGAGUUUUGCUGAAACCAUUUCCAUGAUACAUGAAUGAUACUAAUGACUUACAUUACUCAAUGUCAUUGGACGAUGAAUUUAAUGAUUUAUUCACAUUGAUUCCAGCAAGACUCCGAUAAUUGGUGCGAAUGGAUGGAAACCAUUGCAAGAAAGCAAGUCAGUGAUGAUUGGGGAAAAGCUGAAACGGAAAGAAUUUAAUUCUGCCAUAAAGAAUGGCCUUAUAUGUCGCAAAUUGUUAUAGUGUUGGCACGAUUCCAAAUCUCACAUUCUUAAUUGAUAAUUAUUCCCAUUGAAUCUAUUUUUUGCUAAAUGUGAUGACAAUAUUUUACGCCAGGAAUAACACUUAUUUUAUUUUACACCACUAAAAGAUCUCUUCAAU